UCAAAAGCCCAACGCAACGCAAAACAUGAUAAAUAGGCUGCGUCCUUGGUUGAACAAGUGAUCGUAUAUUCUUCUGAGAAUGACAAAGACCUCCUGAUGCAGUUUGUCAUCCGUGUACCUCUGAAAUCCACAAGGAUGAAGCUCAUACUAGCCGCCUGUGAUUGAUUGCCUUUGUCAUACCUCCUCCUGAGCUCCACACCCCGACGGAUGUGUUUCAUGCAGCAAGAAAUCGCAUCAGUGGAAACAAUGGCAGUCCUGUAACUGAAAUCAAAAACGGGCAGCCACUACAACAUCUUGUCCUUCAUCUAUUUUGGAUUGUCACGGCUCACCGCCCAACAGAUACACGGACUUCAGUAGAUAAAGAGGGCAAUGGAGGUGUCAGAUGAUGACAUGACACAUAUGAUGAAUUUUUGGAAUUUACAUCCCCCUUUAUAUCUGCACUAUCCUUAGCAAAGAACGACCCAGAGUAACCAUGGCAACAGCAGCAUCCUCUGAGUGAGCAUCAUUCCCUCUUUCAUCUGUCAACACGAUGAUCGUGGUAAUGUUUUACAACAUCUUCAGUGUGGAGAGAAAUUCUCUUAACGGAAGCUCACAUAACCAUGGCAGUGGUUUAGCUAUGACUUUCCAAGUUUGAAUGGAUGAUACCUGGUAACAGCUGCCAUGUUCGUCUGUAAUGGCAGCUCACUGGAGGGGUGUGGCCUUCCUGAACCAGUAGAAACUGAGACGCAAGAGGCUGACGCUGCCCUCAUGCCCACAACUCUUAGGGUGGCACUGGCUGCCAUCAUGAUCUUCAUGAUCACCAUCGGUUUCCUCGGCAAUGCCAUUGUGUGUCUGAUAGUUUAUCAGAAACCGGCCAUGCGUUCAGCGAUUAAUCUGCUCCUGGCCACGCUGGCCUUCUCUGACAUCAUGCUGUCGUUGCUAUGCAUGCCAUUCACCGCCGUCACUCUUGCAACUACGGACUGGAGCUUCGGAGUGGGAUUCUGCCGCGUGUCCGUCAUGUUGUACUGGUUAUUUGUUCUGGAAGGUGUGUCCAUCCUUCUGAUCAUCAGCGUCGAUCGCUUCCUCAUUAUAGUUCAGCGGCAGGACAAGCUAACGCCGCAUCGUGCGAAAAUUCUCAUUACCGCGUCAUGGGCCCUGUCGCUCUGCGUGUCCCUACCGUCCGUGAUCGGCUGGAGGACGGCCGGGAUCGGCGCACAGGUGCCGCAAUGCAUUCUGGGAUACAGUGAAUCGCUGGCGGACCGGGGUUACACGGUUCUGCUCGCCGUCGCGGUGUUUUUUGUGCCAUUCGGUGUGAUGUUGUACUCCUACCUGUGUAUUCUCAACACGGUGCGACGCAACGCGCUGCGCAUCCACAAUCACACCAGCGAAGGCAGUGUCGCCAUCAACCAUGUCAACAAGUUGGGUUUAACCGGUCUUCAGCGACCCCAAGUCAAUGUGGACAUGAGUUUCAAAACCAGGGCCUUCACCACCAUCCUCAUCCUCUUUAUUGGCUUCUCCGUGUGUUGGUUGCCACAUACGGUGGUGAGCCUGCUGGCGGUGUUCAGUAGACGCUUCUAUCUCAGCCCCGCGUUUUACCCCGUCAGCAUCGGGGCGCUGUGGUUGAGUUACCUAAAAGCGGUUUUCAACCCUGUGAUAUAUUGCUGGAGAAUCCGAAAGUUUCGUGAGGCCUGUCUGGAGUUUAUGCCCAAGACUUGUCAUCUCUGUCCCAAGAUUCCCGGACGAAGUCGUAGGCGUAUAAGACCCAGCAACAUCUAUGUGUGCAGCAGUGAGACCCAGUCUUCAGUCUAAGAUUCGCACCAAAGUAUGUUUAAAAUUGACAAGCGAAGAAUAAAAGAUGAUGUUUAGAUAUAUAACACACUUGGUUUCAAGGGUCUUUGAAAUCCCAUGGAGUUGAGAACGCUUAUUAACUUGAUACAUCCUCCUAUCAUAAUCUGCAGUGAUGAAGGAAAAAGCAUUAGCUGUCUGAAAUUCAUCAAAGCAAUAUUCUUAUAUAUUCCUGAACUGAAUUUCCUUCAUUUCAGUUGGAAAAGGUUUUACAGGUUGGCAAAUAAAGAAUCUAAACUGGUGAUUUACUGAACAUGUUUGAGUUUUGUUUGUGGUCAUUAUUUACAUUCACAUCUUGUAAUGCCCAAAGUGAAACUGCAUCCAUGCCGAAAAAAAACAAACAAACAAACAAAUAAACAAAAAUCUCUAGAACGGCCCAUAAAACUCAUACAUCAGUAGCCCAUCCAUUUUUUUUUUUUUGUUUAACUGCAUGGUGGCGCUGGGGUUUUUGUGCCGGUGUAUCAUGUGGAAAACACUGUGAUUGCUAUGCCAAUGCAGCUUAUAGCUUGUUUUAGGAUUCACUGUGGAGUAUAGUUCCAUUGUAUUAAUAAAUGACAAUUUUGGAGCUA